AUGGCUGAAUUACAGACCAAGACCUCACUGGAACACAUUGAGACCAACAUCUCAUCUAAGUCGCGAGGGGAUGAGUAUAUUGAGGAGGCGCGUGCUAUGGGCUUGCCAGAUUUUCAUCUCAAAGAUGAGGAAUGGCAUGCUGAAAUGCACAAAAAGCUCCUGUGGAAGAUCGAUACUCGUAUGCUGCCAUUGCUGAUCUUGAUGUACUUACUAAACUUCCUAGACAGAUCCAAUCUUUCACAAGCCAAACUCGGAACUUAUGUCGAGGAUCUGAAACUGAAAGGAAACGACUUCAACACCAUCACUUCGGUGCUUUUUGCUGGUUAUAUUUUGAUGCAAUUGCCUUCAAAUCUGCUUUUGACCCGUGUCAGGCCUUCCCUCUAUAUCUGUGCUUGUGUUACUCUGUGGGGAGUUGUUUCUACAUGCCAAGCAGCAGUGCACUCCAAGGGGGCAGCUAUUGCUUGUCGGUUCUUUCUGGGUGUUGUGGAAGCCCCAUUCUUUCCUGGUGUAAUGAUGAUUAUGUCUUCUUGGUACAAGCGUGAAGAACUGGGUCACCGUUAUGCCCUCUUCUAUGCUGGAUCUGCUCUGGCCAAUAUGUUUGGAGGUCUGAUUGGAGCUGGUGUUUUGAACAACCUUAACGGUACUCACGGAAUUGCUGCCUGGCGCUGGCUCUUCAUCAUCGAGGGAGUCGCUACGAUUGGUGUGGCCAUCAUCUCGUCACUUUUCCUUCCAGACUACCCUAAGACCACCAAAUGGCUAACCCAAGAAGAGCGUGAUUACGCUCAAUGGAGACUAGUUAAGGACAUUGGUAAGGGUGAUGAGGGUGACUCUGUUACCAUUAAACAGGCUGUUAUCAUGGCUUUCAAAGAUUACCGCAUGUAUCUAUUCAUUGUCGCCCAGCACUGCAACUUGCUUGCCCAGUCCUUCACCUACUUUUUCCCUUCCAUUGUCAAGACCCUCGGUUUUGGCACCACUGAGACUUUGCUUUUGACGGUCCCAGUGUGGUUUGCUACUUUUUUGAGUGCGUUGAUAGUUUCGUACCAUUCCUCCCGUACCAAUGAACGGUGCUACCAUAUCGCCAUUUCCAUGUUGGUUGCCAUGAUUGGAAACAUUAUUUCAGUUUCCACCACCAAGACAGGCCCACGUUUCUUCGCUAUGUUUUUGAUGCCUAUGGGUGCGUUGCCUGCCUUCCAGUUGAUCCUGACGUGGGUUGCCAAUUCGUUUCCAAGACCUCUAGCCAAGAGAUCUGCUUGUAUUGCUACAGUCAACAUGUUGGGUAACAUCGCCUCCAUCUAUGGUUCAUACAUGUACCCAGACUCUCAGAAGCCUCGGUAUGAAGUUGGUGGGUCCAUCACUGCAGCUGUAUGUCUCGUGUGUGCAAUUAUGGCUAUCGUGAUCCGCUUUGUGCUGAAGCACGAGAACCGCAAAUUGGAACUCCACGAGCAGGAGGUUCUGGAAGGAGAAGAUCCUCACGGUGUUGACGAGAAGGUUUGGGGAUUCCGUUAUAUUCUUUAG